UAAGAUUUCUACCCAGUAUCAGGACUUGACGGUACUACUGACGAAGGACAGUUCCUAUCCGACCGUACUGAAGGAUGACGAAACUUCUGGUUAUUAUCGCGUUAUGGAUGACAGAGACCUACUGUCAGUCAACAUUUACUCCAGUGGCCACGGAGUUAUUCACCGGCACGGACCUCAACGGAGACAUGGAGAUUACCCGGACCGAGAUCGAAAGCAGCUUUACCAAGUAUGAUGAGAAUGGUGACGGGAGAGUAAGCCGAGUGGAGUACAUGGACUUUGUUGACCGAUACACUCCUCACCUUCACGCGCUCGGACAGGAACUGUACAAUGACUACGACAUCAAUAAAGACCACCACAUCGAUCUGAACGACUUCGAGGCUUACUUCACUAAACUCGACACCAGUGGAGAUGGCCGUGUGUCCAAGGACGAGUUUGUUUCAUACUGGGUCAAGGUUAUGGUUGCCACCUCCCACCUUCACGAAACCGUCGGUUAGACUGACCUGAGGACAUACAGCACCUAGUCCCGGAGAUUGUGUUUAUAUGAUUUUGAUAUUUAGAUUAAAAUAUGUAUUGUUCCUUG